AUGGCGGCCUUAUACUCGGGAAGGCCAACAACGGUGAGGGUCGUGCAUGGCCCUGUCUAUGGCCACCCUGCCAGCAUGGCCGCUCCAAGCCAAGUCAAGGUGAUCCGGCCUCAGGGCCAGUGGCCGCAGUACGCUUUUCAGCCUGCUGUCCCAGCGAGGACGCAAGCUUCUUAUCCCAUGACAGUCUGGAAGGCUGUACCAGGUGGUGUGCAGCUGCCCAACGCCAACAAGCGAGUCUUCACCAACGCCAAGUCCUUGAUGAUGGCCUACAACUUCAAGGGCGACUUCCGGAUCAAUGGCAGGCCGCUGAUCCUGGCAGUUGACCCUGUGGAUUCGGAGAGGUCCCAUGUAGCCACCGGCCUUAGGGCCUGGGAUGGCGGCAUCGUGCUUGCCAAGUACCUGGAAAAGGUGCAGCCAGCUGCAAGGCGGCUGAACUGCUUGUGA